GCUGUUCUCCUCCAACAUCUUCCAUGGAAGCUCUGGACAGUAGACCUGGCCCCAAGCCCACUUUCUCCACCAGAGUCAGGAAACAGUAGCAGCUGCAGUUGUCGCCAGGGAACAGCCUCUGGGGAGCUGAGAGAGUCCGGAGGAGGCGGGGUGGCAGGAAGGAGGUCACGAAAUUGACCUUGCUCUGGGGCUGCCCAUGUUUGGAUUGCCCAGAGACCUUCGGCAAAGGGUAACACAGCAGGCUUUUCAUGACAGCUCUGACAAACAUGAAGAUGGCCAAAGGAGACUGAAAAGCAACUGUUGUUAUUUAUUAAAGGAGAAUUUGCCAGAUUCCAUGUUUUCUCUACAGUUUUCCUAGUCCCAUAACUUUGCCUCUGGUAGUAUACAGAGGGAGGGGCUUGGACUUUUUGAAUUUAUUGCCAAGCACAUAUGUUGUUUGGAAUUUCUUUGUUUUUGUUUGUUAACUUUUAAAGUUUUUGAGAAAUCCGUCAGACAGAAAAACAGCUACGCAGCAAUAAAAUGCUGGUGCAAACAAACUCUCCAAAAAGCUUUGCCACAGGGGCUGGAAAGAUGAUUCCUCCGUUAAAGGCCAAAAGGCAAAAGAGUACGGCGACUCUGAUUCUAAGGCCAAAAAGACAAGCGAAACCUGCCGCAGACGAAGGCUUUUGGGAUUGUAGCGUCUGCACCUUCAGGAACAGCGCCGAAGCCUUUAAAUGCAGCAUCUGCGAUGUGCGGAAAGGCACCUCCACCAGGAAACCUCGCAUCAAUUCUCAGCUGGUGGCACAGCAGGUGGCACAGCAGUAUGCCACUCCACCUCCCCCUAAGAAGGAGAAGAAGGAAAAAGUGGAAAAACCCGACAAAGAGAAACCUGAGAAAGACAAGGACAUUAGCCCCAGUGUCACCAAGAAAAACACCAACAAGAAAACAAAACCAAAGUCUGAUAUUCUGAAAGAUCCUCCUAGUGAAGCUAACAGUAUACAGUCGGCUAACGCUACAACAAAGACCAGCGAAACGAAUCACACCUCAAGGCCCCGGCUGAAGAACGUGGACAGGAGCACCGCACAGCAAUUGGCCGUAACUGUGGGCAACGUCACCGUCAUUAUCACAGACUUUAAGGAAAAGACUCGAUCCUCCUCUACAUCCUCCUCCACAGUGACCUCCAGUGCAGGGUCAGAACAGCAGAACCAGAGCAGCUCGGGGUCAGAGAGCACAGACAAAGGCUCCUCCCGCUCCUCCACGCCAAAGGGCGAUAUGUCAGCAGUAAAUGAUGAAUCUUUCUGAAAUUGCACAUGGAAUUGUGAAACUAUGAAUCAGGGUAUGAGAUUCAAACCCUCCACCUGCCCAUGCUGCUUGCGUCCUGGAGAGUCUUCUGUGGACGACCUUGUAGUGAUGCUACCAGGAAAGGUUCUGCUUGCCGUGGGCAUCUGGCUACCAAGGAAUUUCGUACCCUGACAGUUACUCUUGACACUUUUAUGUAUUCCAUUGUUUUAUAUGAUUUUCCUAACAAUCAUUUAUAAUUGGAUGUGCUCCUGAAUCUACUUUUUAUAUAAAAAAAAUCUGCUGUGCACAAUUUUCCAUGUACAUUACAACUGGUUUUCUGUUUCUGUUUUGUUGAAGAGGGUUGGGAGGGGGGAGGGAACUUUUAUUUAUUGUGUUCACAGACUCCAUCCUGUCAGCAUAUCCUCUUAAAUUUAGUUCUUUCUUCCAGCUAUACUCUGUACUAUCAGUUUUGAUAUAACUAUAUAUAUAAAUAUAAAAUUAUAUAUAAAGGGUUAUUUGAAACCAAUCCAUGGCAACGCUGGUGCUUGAUACACUGUGAAGUGAAUACAACAUUGAACAGUUGACACAGAUCUGGGACAGUCCCUUCUAUGAAAGCGCUGAAAUGUAAUUAAAACCAGUCUCACAUGAAGGACGUUCCAACCUACAUGGGAACUUGACUCUCAUCUGUCUUUAAAAGUACUGGAUGAUAUAAAAAAUAUAUUUUUUAAACAAUGUGAUCUCAAAUUUAAAGACUGCUCCAGAUAGCCUGCAUUUGCGAUGGGAUAAUUGACAAAUCACAGCUGGUUCAGUUGGAGGGCUUUGACCAUUUGGAAGUAACAAAACUAGCUCCAGAAUGCCAAGUAUUCAUGUAAAUUACGGUCACGUUAACAUUACUGUUCUUAUUAAGCACUCAUGAAAAUAUGGUGUUCUGUAUCUCGAAUUCCGGCCUUUUUCCAGACCUCUGCUCAUGCCUGAGGCACAUCUAGCAACUGUCUGUUAGUCCUAGGGUUGCAGUAGUGCAUUUUUAAUCACCAUCUAGGGAGGCAGUCCUGUGUCUACUUCCCCUGUGACAUUGCAGUGGUGGAUUUUGUGAUCGUGUCCUGUUUGCCACCCCUAUCCCCAGCCCCCAAACCCUCACCCUACCGAUGCAGUUGUUUUUCUUCUUAAAAUCCUGCUCUUACUCAUUUUACUUAACAAUGGUUGUCAACCACACAUCCAGUUUCUGGUGUCGUUUCUCAGCUCCUUGUGUGGGAAAGGACUGCAGGGGUGCAUGGGCAAGUCACAGGGCAAAAGCUCCCGUCCCAGGAGAGUGACCAGGGGGUCUUUGUCUUCUCAACAGAGAUGGCAUGGCUGAACCCUGAAAGGUUUUCACUUUUCCAUUUUGGGGGCGGGGGAUAAUCGAAUACCACUAAUAACCCCAUCUCAUCCCAAGUUUGGGUGGUUCUGCUUUGUACUUAGAUUCAGGGUAUCUCUCCUAUCUGACUUUACCUUCAUAUCCACUCUUUGUAGUACUUUAGUCACUUUAAGCAUGAGAGCGUGGUGUUAACCUUCCUUUAUUGGAUCGGACUUCAAAGGACUCACGGGAGAGUGUGUAAGAAAACACAUCUUGGUGUUAACCUGGUUUGCUUAAUGAUAGAACUGAUUUCGAUCUGUGGAGGCAACAAGUUAAGAACAUUAACAGCUUGAAUUGAGUAGCCAACAGGAACGGUUCCAUUCACAUUUACAUUAAAACCAGUCCAGUCAUUCUGCGCCGUAGUGUAUGUUCUGUCCCAAAGGCAGUGCUAUUUGUCGCUGGGCUCCUGUUCUCAGAAGCAUGGACAAUGCUCCCCUCUUUUUAAAACAGUGCUUGUAUCUGGGAUGCAAGCGGUACUUACCUUUUUAAAUACCUUUUUAAAGUAUUUAUUAAUGAACCAAAGGAAAUCAGGUGCUUUCUGUAAGCAUCAGAAUAUAUAAUACAUAGUGAUUUGACUAUGAAUUUUAAAUCCACAUUUUAAUAUUAGUGGGGUAUUGCAAAGACAUUCCUUCUAAAGUUUUAAUAUUCCUUUUAUUAAGGGUCUCAGGGAGGGUUAAUUAGUCAGCCAUAUUUAUUUUCCAGAGGUGUAAGGAAUUGCUAAGUUUUUUAAUUAACUUUUUAAAAAAAUUUAAAUGCCACCAAAUUCAUGUGGAUUGCACUGCUCUUUGAACCAAUAAGUGUUGGUAUGCACUUUGUUCAGAAACACUGUGUACUUUUUCAAAACGAAUUUCAUGUAAAGUGAUUGGACCCCCUAGAUUAGUGGGAAAGGCUGAUUUACCAGCUCCUCAUAGGCUACUAAUUCAUUCAUCGCCCAUGUCUUGGUUUUUCAGUUUUGCCUCCGUGAUAAAUUAAUGAGGAGAUGUGAAGGGAGGGAAGGCUUCAGAACGAGUGGAGUGACCUUGCCGUGAGGUAGAAACUGCAGCUGACGUAGUGGAGUCUAAGCAGUCUGAUGUCCCUGGCCGCCCUGUCGCUGCUGUCACAGGCUCUGUUGGGGUGGAGAGGUGGUAGGUGCUACACGAUGACAUCCUCAGGCAUGCAUUCUGGAAAUGGAAUUCUUAAUAGCUUCCUGCAUUUACAGUUUGCCCUACUAUAGUACUCAGUAGGUAAAAACACUAGUGUAGCUUACAAAGAGACAUUAAGAGGACCAGAAAUACUUGGUAUUCAGUGGCACAGAAAGCAUAUUAAGACAAAAAGCACAGUGUUAAGGCUUGCAAGUUUCCCGUAUGUUUAGUACAUGAUCUUUCACACUCGUGUGUACACGCACAGAGCUGACCUGACUUGCUCUGCCUGAGUCAUGCAAUUGGGAGGGGAAAAAAAAGACAUCUUGAUAACCACGAAACUAUUUUAAUCAAAACCUUUCAGUUUGGAUCUGGGUACUUCGGAACAUUGGCAGAAGCUUCUGUGAGUUUAGCUCCACUGAGAUGUCUCGCCUGCCUUAUCAAGAUCAUUCUCAGUCUACAUUUUUAAGCUACCGCAUCUUAAAUUAUUGAGAAAUUAUUAAUUGCUGAAUAUAUAAUAACCUUUGCUUGUAUGUUACCGAAAAUGGUUUAAGAGCCAACAUUUAGAGUGUGACAAUGGAGCUGAACAGUUUCUAACGCGCAAGCAGUUCUGUUCUUGUGUAUGACUUGUAACCUUAAUUUACUGUGUAAAGAUGGUUACAUUAUUUCCUUAGCUUUGUUUGUUGGAGACAGAUAGCGAAUGCUUGUUAAGUAUGUCAGAACAUAAUCUUCCCUUGUGAACUUUUGUUAAUGUCUUAUACGAGCUCUAUUUUCCAUUUGCCCAGAAAGAUGGCUUGUAUAAUGCUUUGGAAGUUUCUGCUCCGUCCGUCUUAGAGCUGACAGUCUGUUAGGUUUGUUUUCUCUUCAUGCUAAAGUGUCAGUGGUUUUGUGAACUGGUCAGAAAUUCACAGGUCUUAAAUGUUUGGGGGAAAUUUAUAUUGGACACUGCUCUUUGUCUAGCAAAUAAAAGAUGUUAAUAUAUUCCUGUUAUUGGCAUGUGCACGACUAUGUUAUUAGAAGCCACUUUAUCAUUUUCCUGCUUUAAAUAGAAAUGUCUAUUUAUGAAUUCUGCUUGUAGUUUUUUCACAAAUAAAAUAGUAAAAUUUA